UGCACACGUGCGGUUUUUAAACGCGCGGUGCCGCUGCGAUGCCGCUGCGGUACCGCGGCCGUAUAUGCACACGUGAGCGUUUUUUGUACUAUAAACCGCUCUCCAGUAUUUCGCCAACACUCGUCAGUACCGUAUUCGCGUAGUAAAAAUGGAGGUAUACAGGAAAAAAAAAAUUGUUUUCGCGUACCUUGUGUAUAAAAAGUAUAUCUUAAAAAAAAAAAGACGAUAUUGGGUACACCCGUUCACUGAUAGUAGACUCACGUGCGGGAUAUUUUAUACAUCUUUUAAUAAUCUUCGAGAAAAUGAUGAAAAAUUCUUUAAUUAUUUUCGAAUGAGCGUGAAAUCGUUUGACGAGUUAGCUGUAAAAAUUUCAACAAAAAUUAAGUCUCAAGAUACAUGCAUGAGAUUGUCCAUACCACCACUUGAAAUGCUCGCUGUUACUUUGAGGUACUUAGGUAGUGGAAGUGAUCAAAUCGAUCUACACUUAACGUACAGACUUGGACACACAACGAUAGGAAAAAUAUUAAGAAAAGUUUGCAAUGCUCUUUGGGAUUGUUUACGAGAAGAGUCUUUUCCAGAAUUUACUGAAAAUCGUUGGAGAGAAAUUGCAGAAGGUUUUGAAAAAUACUGCCAGUUUCCUAAUUGUUUAGGUGCCAUAGAUGGGAAACAUGUACGAAUAAGAAAGCCAAGAAUAAGUGGGUCCCUUUUCUACAAUUAUAAAAAUUUUUUUUCAAUUGUAUUAUUGGCGAUUGUAGACGCAAAAUACAAUUUCAUUUACAUAGAUGUUGGGGCAUUUGGAAAAGAAUCGGACAGCACUGUAUUCGAAAGGAGCAAUUUGUAUGAACAACUUGAAAAUAAUGAGUUACAUAUUCCAAGGGGAAAACCUCUCCCAGGAACUGUAAGUCCAAAUAUGCCCUACACGUUCGUUGGUGAUGAAGCGUUUUCACUGUCAAAAAAUAUAAUGAGACCUUACAGUGGUAAAUAUUUGGUGGACAAAAAAAGGAUUUUUAACUACAGGUUAUCUCGUGCUAGGAGGAAUGUCGAGUCUGCAUUUGGAAUACUUUCUAAUAAAUGGAAAAUAUUUCAUAAACCAAUAAAUGCAAAUUUGGAUUUAUCAAUACUUAUAGUGAAGACAUGCUGUGCUCUCCAUAAUUUUGUUAGGGCUAGGGAUGGGUUUAAACUGGUAGAUACUAUGUAUAUAGAAGGAUCCAUUGGACAACAAGACUUUCAACAACACCCAAGACCCUCUAGAGCACCUAAUCAGUUUAUUCAAGCGAGAAACCAGUUGGCAGAUUAUUUUGUUUCCAAUAAUGGUAGUGUCCCAUGGCAAACAAAUUAUAUUUAAUAUUUUAUAUUAAAAUCUUGUAUUAUUAUUUAUUAUUCAUUAUUCGUAUAAUUUGUAUUAUAUUAUUUACUGUAUUUACCUAUUCAAAACGCUAAUAAUCUAAAAUAAAUUAACAAAAUAUAUUAAACCACGGAUGUAUUUUUUUAAAACAACAUAAGGCGAUUAUUGAUCAAUACCCAAUGUCACAAUAUACAAUAUCGAAUAAGUGUGCGUCAGUCCCUAAAAUGAACGUCUAGUUCAGCUGAUAAAAAUUAAAAAUAGCUUCUCUCAAUAACAAUUAAU